UGCAGUGUAUUUGGAAUUGUUGUUGCAUGUGAUUGGAAGUGGAAGUGGAUAUAUUAUGGGUGCACAGCAGGGCAAGGAGCGCGGCUCGCAUUCGAGUGGAGGCGGCGGAGGAGGAGGCGGUGGCAGCACCGUUAGUUGCAUUGGUGUCUCCAGCAGCAGCAGUCCCGUUGCAUCCGGUUCGCCGCACUGCAUCAGCAGCUCCUCAAUUGGUGGUGGCAACGCUUUGAGUGCUGUUGGUUCCACUCUGCGCAAUUCACGCAUGAAACCGCAUCAGUCAUCGUCGGGCAUCAGCAUCGGCUCCAGCGGCGGCAACUCCUCGCAUCGCGGCGCCAACUCAUCGAAUGCAUCGCACAAGGAUAAUCGCUGCAAUCCGCCCAGCAUUGGCCUCAACAUAUUCACCGAACACAAUGGUACCAAGCACAGCUCUUUUCGCGGCCAUCCCGGCAAAUAUCACAUGAAUUUAGAGGCGCUGCUGCAAUCGCGUCCAUUGCCACACAUUCCGGCCGGGAGCACAGCGGCCACGCUGCUCGCCGAUGCGGCCGAGCUGCAGGGCCAAGAUUCACCCGGUAAUGUGCUCGCCUCACUGGGUCACAGUUCGGCGACAUCCGUAUUUGAGUCGGCGCAUCGUUGGACCUCAAAGGAGAAUCUGUUGGCGCCUGGCCCCGAAGAGGAUGACCCGCAGCUAUUUGUGGCCCUGUACGAUUUCCAAGCGGGCGGCGAGAAUCAGCUGAGCCUCAAGAAGGGCGAACAAGUGCGCAUCCUGAGCUACAACAAAUCUGGUGAGUGGUGCGAGGCUCAUUCCGAUUCCGGCAAUGUGGGCUGGGUGCCCUCCAACUAUGUGACACCGCUGAAUUCGCUGGAGAAGCACUCCUGGUACCACGGGCCCAUCUCUCGCAAUGCCGCCGAAUAUCUACUCAGCUCCGGCAUCAAUGGCAGUUUUCUGGUCCGCGAGAGCGAGAGUUCGCCCGGUCAGCGCAGCAUCAGCUUGAGAUACGAGGGUCGCGUCUAUCACUAUCGCAUCUCAGAGGAUCCCGAUGGCAAGGUCUUUGUGACGCCCGAAGCCAAAUUUAAUACGCUCGCCGAGCUAGUGCAUCAUCAUAGUGUGCCGCAUGAGGGUCACGGUCUGAUUACGCCGCUACUCUAUCCGGCGCCCAAACAGAACAAACCGACAGUCUUUCCACUCAGUCCCGAACCGGAUGAGUGGGAGAUCUGCCGCACGGACAUCAUGAUGAAGCACAAACUGGGCGGCGGACAGUAUGGCGAGGUCUAUGAGGCCGUAUGGAAGCGCUAUGGCAACACAGUCGCUGUCAAGACACUGAAAGAGGACACCAUGGCACUGAAGGACUUCCUCGAAGAGGCGGCCAUCAUGAAAGAGAUGAAGCAUCCAAAUCUUGUACAGCUUAUCGGUGUCUGCACCCGUGAGCCGCCCUUCUAUAUCAUCACCGAGUUCAUGUCGCACGGCAAUCUGCUUGACUUUCUGCGCUCCGCCGGCAGAGAGACACUGGACGCAGUGGCCCUGUUGUAUAUGGCGACACAGAUAGCGUCGGGCAUGAGCUAUCUGGAGUCUCGCAACUAUAUCCAUCGGGAUCUGGCGGCGCGCAACUGCUUGGUGGGUGACAACAAGCUGGUCAAGGUCGCUGAUUUUGGGCUGGCGCGUCUGAUGCGCGACGAUACAUAUACGGCGCAUGCGGGCGCCAAGUUCCCCAUCAAGUGGACCGCCCCCGAGGGACUGGCGUACAACAAGUUCAGCACCAAGUCCGAUGUGUGGGCCUUUGGGGUGCUGCUGUGGGAGAUAGCGACGUACGGGAUGUCGCCAUAUCCGGGCAUUGAUCUCACCGAUGUGUACCAUAAGCUCGAGAAGGGCUAUCGCAUGGAACGGCCGCCCGGCUGUCCGCCGGAGGUGUACGAUCUGAUGCGACAGUGCUGGCAAUGGGAUGCGGCGGAUCGGCCCACAUUCAAGAGCAUACACCAUGCGCUGGAGCACAUGUUUCAGGAAUCGUCCAUCACCGAAGCGGUCGAGAAACAGCUAAAUGCCACAGCCAGCGCCGGCUCCGGUUCGACGUCAGCAACGGGCGGGGGAAUAGCACCAGCGACGGUAGCCGCAGCAGCCACGGCCAGUGCCUCAUCAUCGACAGCAUCCGCCUCGCUUAGCCUGACGCCACAAAUGGUCAAGAAAAGUCUGCCCAGUCUCGAUCCGCAGCAGCAGCAACAGCAAUUGGCCAGCACGCCCAUGUCAGAGACCGGCUCCACAUCCACCAAGCUGAGCACCUUCUCCAGCCAGGGCAAGGGCAAUGUGCAGAUGCGACGCACCACCAACAAGCAGGGCAAACAGGCACCAGCUCCGCCCAAGCGCACCAGUUUGCUCUCCAGCAGCCGGGAUUCCACAUAUCGCGAGGAGGAUGCACGCAACUUUAUUGAUGAGCUCAACACGAAUGGUAGUACUACUUGUAGAAACUUCCACUUCAACUCCAACAACAUUUUAAGCCAGACCCUAUGUAGAAAUUUUAAAACCCAAAUUCCAACCCAGACACAAAUACGUACACAACAACAACAACAACUCCUCCAACAACAGAAACAACAGUUAUUGCAACCAGUACAACAACAACAACAACAAACGUAUUCAAUUAAGAAAUCAUCCUCCUGCAGUAGUUUCCUUUACGACAUCCUAUUUCGAGGUCUCACACGGGAUAUUAACAAUUUGACGCAGCGCUAUGAUUCGGAAACGGAUCCGACUGCUGAUCCCGACACGGAUGCCACUGGAGAUAGUCUGGAGCAGAGUUUGACAGCCACGCCGCCCAACAAGAUGCAGCACUCGCUACAUGGUGGCAUCUCGUCGGGCAUUGGGCCGCGUUCCUCCCAGCAGCACAGCUCCUUCAAGCGUCCGGUGAUGGGCAAUCGCGGCUUAGAGACGCGCCAGAGCAAACGUUCGCAGCACCAUCCAAAUAGGGAGCAACCCAACCAAGGCAAUGGCAAUGUUAAUGUUACCAAUGGCAAUGGCAAUGGGAUACCAGUGCUGCCUGCUCAUCCCAUCACUGUGGGCGCUUUGGAGGUGAUGAAUGUGAAGCGGGUCGUCAAUCGCUAUGGCACUUUGCCUAAGGUGGCGCGCAUUGGCGCCUUUCUCGAUAGCUUGGAGGACAGCAGCAGCAGCAGUGGCGAGGCAGCCGCCAAUGGCCAUGCCACACCACCAGCACGUGCUCCACCGCCCAAUGUGCCCACGUCUACCGGCAAAACGCUGACGCCGUCGGCAGCAGCAGGAACAGCAGCAGCAACGUCGACGACUGGAACACCUCAGCAAAUGAUACGGAGCAACUCGUCCAGUGGCGUGACCAUGCAGAACAAUGCUGCAGCCAGUCUGGGAAAGUUGCGGCGUCAUCCCACCACCACAGAGGGCGCCAUGAUGACCUUCUCCUCGUUUCGUGCCACGGGCAACAGCAAUUCACCAAAGCGCGGCGUCAUCACACAGCCGGCACUGGCCAAUCUGGAGUUUCCGCCGCCACCACUUGAGGAAUUUGAGGCGUUGCCGCCACCACCGCCGCCGCCAGCGCCCGAGAGCGCCGUCCAGGCGAUACAGCAGCAUCUGCAUGCGCAGCACAGCAGCAGCAACGAUGUCAGCAAUACGGCUCCCAGCGUCGAGGAAGCCAGCUCCCGCUUCGGUGUCUCGCUACGCAAGCGUGAACCCUCCACAGACUCGUGUAGCUCACUUGGCACGCCACCCGAUGCGGCACCAGGACCGACACCAGGGCCAACGCCAGUGUCCGAGAAGAGUCUCAAUCUCAAAGAGAAACUCAUCACAGAGAUCAAGUCAGCCAGCAAGCCGUCCGAGUCCAUCAAUGGUGCUGCUGCUCCGCCAACAGCGCCGCCACCCGUUGUCGAUCCGGUGGCUCAACUCUUCACCGAGCUGGCGGAGAGCAUGAAUCUGCCCAAGCAGACCAAGCUAACCAAUGGUAAUAGCAACAGCAACAGCAAUAGCAAUAGCAAUAGCAUUAGCAAUUCGAACAACAGCAACAACAACAACUUCAAGGCGCAACUGAAGAAAGUGGAGCCAAAGAAACUGAACGCGCCCAUUCCAAAGGCCGAGCAGUCCACGAACAUAAUUGACUUUAAGGCGCAUCUGCGCAAAGUGGACAAGGAUCAAACGCAACAGCAGCAGCCAACAUCGCCGCAGCAGCAGCAACAACAACAGCAACAAUCCUCGCCCAAUUGCAACACCACGCGCAAGGAGGAUAGCAAAAAGUUUAGCCCCGGAGCAAACGCAAAUCAAAAGACUGAAAUCAAAAUCGAUGUGAGCAACAAUUCCUCCAAUAAUGCGGAAACGGAAUCCGGCGGCGAAACUGGCCACACAGAUGCCGGCAAGCGACGCAGCACAGGUAGUAUUAAUAGUUUAAAGAAACUGUGGGAGCAGCAGCCGCCCGGCGGUGAUUAUGCCAGCACCACAAUCCCACUUCAAGCCCAACAGCCAACAGCAGCACCACAACCAGCACAAUUGUCGCCCAAAUAUGGCCUAAAGCCAACGUUGACCACGGUCAGCACUAAACUGUUUGGCAAUAACCCGCCGCCAGCGGCACCGCCACCACCGCCCCCAAUUAGCAGCACUGCAGCAGCAGCAGCAGCAGCAAGCACAACAGCACUGUCCAAGCAACUAGCAACAACAAAAACUACCACAUCCUCAUCCACAACCUCUACAAUAAAAACAUCUCUUUCAACGCAACUCUUCACAGAUGCCGAGCUCAGCAACAACAGCAGCAGCAACGAGGAGCAGCAGCCUACCGAGGGAGGAUUAGAAGGAGGAGGAGGCAACUCCACCAACGCAACCACAACUACAACUUCAACGGCAACGGCAGAACUCCUGACGCAAUCGCUGUACAGCAGCGAGCAGUUACAAUACAGCAAUGCGGCCAAUUCCAACGUCAGCAAGCAGCUGAGCAGCUCCGGCACCAACAGCCAGAAUAAGCCAGCUGUGCCGCACAAGCCCACCAAAUUGACCAUAUAUGCCACGCCCAUUGCCAAAAUAGCGGGCAUCAAUGUGGGCGGCGUUGGAGCCGACAAUAUCAAUUCGACGCAAAUCUCACGCGAGAGCAUACUGGAGCUGGUGACGCUGCUCGAGGGAUCGCUCAAGCAUCCGGUGAAUGCCAUAUCCGCUUCACAGUGGCUGCAGCUCAGCGACAAGUUGAACAUACUGCAGAACUCGUGUGUGGUGUUUGCGGAGAAUGAAUCGAUGCCGCCGCACUCGAAAUUCCAUUUCCGGGAGCUGGUGACACGGGUGGAGACGCAAUCGCAGCAUUUGCGCAGCGCUGGCAGCAAGAAUGUCCAGGACAAUGAGCGGCUGGUGGGCGAGGUCGGACAGUCGCUCAAACAGAUCUCGAAUGCGUUGCACAGGUAAAUGAUAAGAACGGGGAUGGACGCACAGCGGAGCGGUGAACCGGACAACAGCGGCACAGCCAUUUGGCUGGAUGCCGAGGCCAAUUUUAUCAAGCGCAAGCAGCAGCAGCAGCUGCAACCACAGUGAUAUUAUCAAAAUCCACAUCGCUCCCACCAUCCCCCCAAAACUGGACGCCGCCACAUGCCCCACAACCAGGCGACCAGAGCAGAGAUGCAGCUCCUCAGCUAAGACUGAGGACAAAAAACCAGCAGGAGAAUCAAUAAAAUGAACGUAACUUCAAGCCCAGCGAAGAAGCGAAGAACAGACGGCAACAACAACAGCAAAAACAAAAGAAUAAGCAGAACAACAACAACCAACUACAACUAUAAUUAAUUAUUAUUAACUAUAUAUAUGUAUAUGCUUAUAUACACACACAUACAUAUAAAUAUCUAUCGUAGUAUUUAGUAGCCGUAGCGAUUAUACAUACAUCUAGUCAUACAUAAAUUUGAUGCAUCCGCUAUUGAUAUAUCGAGGGACGAACACAAACAAAAAACAAAAAGAAAAGGCUUCAAACUGAGUUGCAAAGCAAAAAUAUUUCUAUAGGCAUUUCUCGAUUCUAAUCUCGUUCUUUGAAUUGUGAAAACACAAAACCAGAAUCCCUAUUUUUCUCCAUUUAAAAAUUAGAGCUUCGUUGUAUAAGGAAUACGUACAUUUGAAAGACAAAUCUAGCAAGUGCAUAGUGAAAGGUGUAAAAAGACCUUCAUGCAAUGAAUGAAAUACAUUAUAUUAUAUAAAUAUAUAUUAUACCCUGAAAUAUAUAUACCACAAAAAUGGUAUAAUAUAUAUUUCAUUAGAAAUAUUCUCCAAUAAAAUAAGUAAUUAUACUGCACAUGCAUAUACAUAUACAUAUAUAUAUAUAUUUAUGUAUGAAUGUAUAUAUAUGUAUAUAUAUUUUACAUACAUAUAUACUAGUCGGUAAAGUGUUUUAGUAUACCCAAUACUUAUACAAGACAUAUAAUUUAUAUAUGUGCGUACAACAUUAUAUAUAUAUAUAUAUAUGUAAUACGAUAAGCGUUAAAUGCAAAUUGAAAACUCAAUCUACAACGUUUAGACUUUUCUUCAUGUUUUUAGUACUCGUAAUACCUACAUAAAUAUAAAAAAAAAAUGAACAAAAACAACAAAAAAGAAAAUGAAAAUGAAACGAAGAUCUGUGUGUACUACUUGGCAUAACUUAUAAACAGUAGCAAAGCCCAAAGAUAUUAUUAACUGACUACUCGACAGAUAUAUACUAUAUAUAGCUAUAUAUAUAUGUGUAUAUAUAUAUAUAUAUAUAUAUAUGCAUGUUAGUUGCAAAGACUAAAUCAACUUAAUCUUUAGUUUAUGUUGAAAAUACACGAAGCAAAAAAUUAAUUGGUGGCAAACGCUUUUUAGACAUAUACAUAUAUACAAAUACACAAACAAAUUGUAAUUAUUAUCUGAUAUUUUAUGGAUUUUAAAAAACUACUUUUAUACGUAAAACACAUACACACAACACAAACUCACUCACACUCACUCGAAAUAAAAACAACCAAAUAAAUAUUCAUUUCAUAUACAUAUAUACGCGGGUCGACAUUAGGGCGGGCCAUAUGUAAAACAUAUAAAUAUGGAUGUGCAUAAC